AUGUCUCGUUCUAUCGUCCCCGCUCUUCUCGGCGACAGUUGGUGGUCCAUGUGGGACUAUCCUCAUCGAUUAUUCGAUCAGCAUUUCGGUUUGGGAUUAACUGACGAUGAUUUCUUUCCUCCCACUCUGUAUAGAGGCCACGUGAUAAGACCACGACGUCAAACUAGUCGACAAGAUUCGAGUUCGGGUGUGUCAGAGGUCAUCAAUACCCGCGACAAGUUCAAAGUCAUGACCGACGUCAGCCACUUCUCUCCGGAAGACAUAACUGUCAAAACCGUAGACAAUUGCGUGGUUAUACACGGAAAACACGAAGAGAAAGUAGACCAACACGGCUUCGUCNUUAAUUCAGAAGGCAAAAACCUUAAUAAAUGA